AUGACCAUCGCCGAGAAUAAUACAGGGGAGCAAACACCAGCCACUCUGGUCACGUUCGCCGACCCAUGGCGUCCGACACGCGAGCAAAACAGGACGACGUCCGAAUCGCGUCCGCGACGCUCAAUCUCCCGCAGCCGCUCACACCGUCUGUCGGUCGGCGGGGACUCUAUCCAUACCGUGCGUAGCGGGAUAUCCACCGAUGCCACCUUACCGAUCGGCUUCCGCACGCUUUCACUCCAGCUUGAUGGAGCCCACAAUGCAGAGGUGGUGGCAUCGAAGGCCGAGCAGCACGUAGCGAAGAAAGCGAAGCAGCAGGCGAAGGGUACCGACUUUGAAACCGUGGACUUUCACAAGACUAGCGUCAAUGAACUGUACCAGCGUCUCGCCACCCAUCCAACCAAGGGUUUGGAUCAGCAUGCAGCAGUGAAGCGCUUGCAGCAGGAUGGACUUAACGUACUGCCUUCGCGCCGCCCAAACUAUGCCAAGAAGCUUUUCGGAUACGUCUUUGGCGGUUUCUGCUCCAUCCUCUGGAUUGGUGUGAUUAUCUUCUUCAUCUGUUGGAAGCCGCUUGGCGGGAACAACCCGCAGCCCUACAAUCUUGGUCUCGCUGUUCUGGUCAUGAUCGUGAUAUUCUUGCAGGCCGGCUUCUCCGCCUUCCAAGAUUGGUCAACGGCGAAGACGAUGAACGCCAUUCUCGACAUGCUUCCUUCCGACGCCAUGGUCCUGCGUAAUGGUAACUUUGUUACAACCAAAGCGAGUCAGUUGGUCGCUGGUGACAUCGUCCGUCUGAUCGUCGGAGACAAGGUCCCGGCUGACAUGAGGCUGACGAACACGUCUGGAGAUAUUCGCUUCGACCGCGCUGCCAUGACCGGCGAGUCGGAGGAGGUGGAAGGUGCUACCGAGUGCACCGACAAGAACAUGCUUGAGACGAAGAACAUGGCUUUGAUGGGCACACUUGUCACAAAUGGUUCUGCCGUUGGGGUCGUCGUGCUAACGGGCGGCAAAACGGUCAUGGGCGGCAUCGCGCUGGCAACCGCAAGCGUCAAAGAGAAGCCGACUUCCAUUCAGCGAGAAAUUUCACAUUUCGUAAAGAUCAUCAUCUGCCUUACCGUGAUCCUGGCCUCACUGCUUCUCUUCACAUGGAUCGGCUGGUUGCGCGUGAAGCAUUUCGAUUACAUGAACGUCCCGGCGAUGCUGAACGAUGUGAUGGGCUGCGUUGUGGCCUUCAUCCCCGAAGGCAUGCCGGUCGGUGUCGCUCUGACGCUCAUGAUGAUCGCUCGCCGCAUGAAAGCCGCGGACGUUCUCCCAAAGAGCUUGACCACGGUGGAGAUGCUGGGAUGCGUGCAGGUUAUCUGCAGCGACAAGACCGGCACUCUAACCAGAAACCAGAUGACUGUCACCAGUGUCGGCUUCGUCGACAGCCUCCUUACUGCGGACGAUGCUCAAGCAGCACUCUUAAAUCAGGCCGGCACCAAAGCUCUAUCCGACCUUCGCCGUGCCGCAUUGCUCUGCAAUGAGGCGUCCUUUGAUCCUGAGACUAUUGAUAAGCCGAUUGCAGAGCGCACCAUUCAAGGUAACCCGACUGAUGGCGCCAUUUUGCGAUUUGCGGAUGCUACAGAGUCACCGCCUAGCUCAGCCGUCCGGAGUGCACACCCUCAGCUUGCACAAAUCCCUUUCAACUCGAAGAACAAGUUUGCGUUAACCUUACAUGAGACGGGUGUCGCUGAUGGCGGCUCGUGCUUGGCCAUCAUCAAAGGCGCACCCGAUGUGCUCUUACCUCGCUGCACCAGCUACAUCUCGCAUACUGACGGAAUAAUGCACGCCUUCGACGCCGAAGCCAAGACGCGCCUCUCCAGCCUCCAGAACAAGCUCUCCCGCAAUGCCGAGCGCGUUAUUAUGCUCUGCCAGCGCGACUACACCCUUGCCAGCUCCCCAAACCGCAAUAUGGAGCAAGAGCUGCUUGAGAACUGCCUCUCCAACCUUACCAUUAUUGGGGUCGUCGGCAUCUUCGACCCACCGCGUCCCGAAGCCAAGUACACCGUCGAGACUUGCCGCCGUGCAGGCAUCCGCUUCUUCAUGAUGACCGGCGACUUCGGUUUGACAGGCGCAGCCAUAGCCCGCCAAAUUGGCAUCUUCUCCGGCGAAGCCGAGCCAGACACUUACGCCACCAUCGAAACGCGCCGAAGCAGCAGCGACGCCACGGGCGAGAAGCAGGUGCAGUACAGCAGUACAAGUCUCCUGCUCGAAGGGAUCGAGAUCAGCCGUUUGGCGGACGACGACUGGACCGUCGUGACCGGAUACCAAGAGAUCGUCUUCGGCCGCUGCUCGCCAGAGCACAAACUCACCAUCAUCAACGAACUCCAAAAGCGCGGCUUCUCCACCGCCGUGACUGGCGACGGCGUCAACGACUCUCCCGCCCUCAAAGCCGCGGACGUGGGCGUGGCGAUGGUGAACGGCAGCGACGUGGCGCUGGAGGCCGCCGACCUCGUCCUCCUCGGCAACUUCGACAAGAUCAUCGACGGCAUCCGCCUCGGGCGCCUCGUCUUCCAGAACCUGCAGAAAGUCAUCAGCUACCUCUUACCCGCCGGCAGCUGGUCGGAGAUCUGGCCCGUCAUCCUCAACGUCUUCUUCGGCGUGCCCCUCCCGCUCUCAAGCUUCCUCAUGAUCAUCAUCUGCGUCUUCACCGACCUCUUCCUCUCCCUCAGCCUGAUCAUGGAGCAAGAGGAAUUCGACUUGCUGAGCCAGCCGCCGCGGAACACGAAGAAGGUUAGCAUCAUACCACACCACAACGCAACGUUUGAGCCAGAACUCAUAUUUGUAUAUUUCAAGGACCACCUGAUCAACCUAAAAAUCUACCUGCAAUCCUACCUCUUCAUCGGCGUGCUCGAGACGCUCAGCGCGCACGCCAUGUUCUUCCUCUACUACUGGCGCCAGGCCGGCAUCCCCCCGCGCGCCCUCUUCUUCUGCUUCGAGCGCUGCCAGGCGGGGAUCCACGGGUACAACGGCGCGCAGAUGGCCGCGCUGAACACGACGGGCCAGAGCGUGUACUUUGUCACGCUCGUCAUCCUGCAGAUCGGGAAUAUCCUGUCCAUCCGCAACAAACGCCUCUCCAUCCUCCAGGCCGAUCCGUUCAGGAGGCAGCGACGCAACCCCUGGCUUCUCCUCGCCGCGUGCAUCUCGGUCGGCAUCGCCGUGUUCGUCACGGAGGUCCCAGGGAUCCAACGGCUCUUCGGCACGGCGCACGUCCCGUGGGAAUUCUGGCUCAUCCCCAUCCCGCUGGCGCUGGGGAUACUAUGUCUGGAUGAGGCGAGGAAGGCGGUGGUGCGGACGUGGCCGAAGGGUUUGCUGGCGCGGGUGGCGUGGUAG